GAGAGAGAGAGAGACACACGGGCAAGGGCUGAACAAAAUCAGGGCAACAGUCAGUUGACCCCCUUUCUCACCACAGAGGCACCGAUCCCGGGGCGAGUCAACAAGCCAAAGUGGGACCUGACUGACCGACUGCAGCGCGUCCAGGAGCGGGAGCCGUCCAAGGAAGCUGCUCAGGAGGGGGACUAUCUAUAUCAGAGGCCUUCUCUUCCUCAGCGCACCACCACCACCACCACCACCACCACUCAGAACCCCUAAACCUGUUCUCCGCCACGCCCGACCCCAAGGCAGCGCCGGCGGCACCAUGCACAAGAAGACCAAGCUCAAGCUGACGCUGUUCAGCCUGGUGGUGGGGAUGCUCUGCAUGUUCGUGGCCGUGGUGUCGGACCACUGGGCCGUGCUGAGCCCCGAGGUGACGCAGGUCAACACCACGUGCGAGGCCGCUCACUUCGGCCUGUGGCGGCUGUGCAAGAAGAACCUCUACAUCACGGACCUGGAGCGCGUGGGGUUGGGCUGCGGGCCCCUCAGUCUACCUGGAGAGCACAACUGCACUUACUUCAGGCACUUCACUCCGGGAGAGGAAUCUGAAAUUCUUGAUGUGAAGACCCAGAGAGAGUACAGCAUCUCAGCAGCCGCCAUCGCCAUCUUCAGCGUGGUCUUCAUGAUCCUGGGCACCAUCUGUGCCCUUGCAGCCCUACUCAAGGGCAAGGACUACAUUUACAAGCCAGCGGGGAUGUUCUAUGGAUUUGCAGGUCUCUGUGCCAUCGUGUCGGUGGCGGUGAUGCGCGAGUCGGUGAAGCGGAUGAUUGACAGCGAGGAGACGAUCUGGAUCGUGUACUACUACUCGUGGUCGUUCGCCUGCGCCGUGUCCGGCUGCAUCCUGCUGUUCGUGUGCGGCCUGGGCCUGCUGAUCCUCGCCAUGCCCCAGAUGCCCCGCAACCCCUGGGAGACGUGCAUGGACGCCGAGCCCGAGCAGAUGGAGUGACCGCGGCGACGGACGGACAGGACAGGACAGACCACAGUGGACGGGAAAACUCCACCAUGGGGUGUUCUCUUUUUUUGUUAAAAAAAAAGCAAGAAAAAAAAAAGAUCAAACUUCUACAGUGAGGCAUACUAAUGAGUCCCUGGGAGGGUGAAUAAACAGUGUUUGUUUAUUUGUUUUGGAUCAUCACAGUAAUAAUCAAAUGUAAAGUGCCCCGUAAAGUGCCCCUGUUGACCUAUAUGGUCAAUGAAAUGGUUAGGUACAUCAACACCAACAGCAAUGACGUACUUCUGUAUUUAUUGUAUUUAUUUGGCAUGUAAUACAUUUGCUAUACCCUCUUGUAUCUUAUGUUCAUGUAAAACACUUACAUUUUGCCCAACGAGUGACUUUUUAAGUGGUUAAAACAACACCCAUGCUGCGUGGUAAAAGAGCCAACUCUAUUGGAACCCUGAGAAAUUCCAUCACGGCUAUAAAAUCCUGCACGUUGAUGAAAAUGUGGCAUCAUGUAUCCAUCAUCAAAACAUGUGGAUCUCAAAACCAAGAACUCAUUUUGAUUCCCAUCACACCCCACUAGUGUCUUAAAGCUGUAGCAACUCCAAAACACACAAACAAAAUUCAUUUAUUUACAGAUUCAUGUAAUCCAUCUUGCAUGGUGCCAGGGAAGACUUGCGGGCACAGAGAAAUGAUGAUGGGGGGGGGGGGGCAUAGUGUGUGCCCGCUGUGCCCACUUGGUCCUGCUCCCCCCUCGUCUCUGCUCUGCCCGGGGAAGCAUGGGCCAGUUGAUCCCGCGGGGACGCUGGGGCAGAAUGCUAAUGCCCGCUCCGUCCAAGCGACUCAAUGCCCCCCGCCAGAGACUCUGGAGAAGCUUCAGCACAAGCAGGUGCAACAAAACAGCCAGCCAUCAUACAAGGGCUCUCUUGGUAGACAAACAGGAAACACUACUCUAGUCAUGAUUCGUUUUUACAUGUACCGCUUGAACAGUUUUUUUUAAAAA